GUUUUAUGUGCCGUUUUUGGGUGCAACAAUGACUCAAGGAAAAGUGAAAGCGUCAGUUAUUUUAAAAUCGGAUCGAGAAGAAACGAAAUACAGAAAAAAUGGAUUGUUUUCUUGAAACGGAAAAAUUAUAUUCUGACGAAACAUUCGAGUAUUUGUUCAGAACAUUUUACGGAUGACAGUUUCGUUCGUGACCUGCAAGCUGAAUUAUUAAAGUUGACCCGACCACGUAAAUUGAGAGAAGAUGCCGUUCCUAGCAUCUAU